CACUCUAUAUCGUUAACAACAGGUACUGGUAUAUCCAAAGGGAGCACAAAAACAAUAGAAGGUUUAGACUUCUCCUUACACCACGAGGCGUCGAUAGGCGUGAAGAGUAGUAAGUAAGUAAAGUAAGAUGGGGGUUUGUCAUUACGCGGUUCCGUCAUGCUUCGUCCCAUCGCUGUCGUGUGCAGCUUCAACUCUCUUUCGUUCUCGCUUCAGACCCACCAUCCGAUGCUGCACCACUCUAUCCAAUACCUCUCCACGGACUCCUACUCCAUCCCCAACCUCUAUCAAGAAACGAGUUGUCUCCGGAGUUCAACCUACCGGUUCAAUUCACCUUGGAAACUACUUCGGUGCCAUCAAGAAUUGGGUUGCCCUUCAGCAUGUGUACGAUACACUUUUCUUCAUUGUGGAUCUGCAUGCGAUUACAUUACCUCAUGACUCACAGCAAUUAUCUAAGGAUACAAAGUCAACCGCAGCCAUUUACCUGGCAUGUGGGGUGGAUCCUUCAAAGGCUUCAGUUUUUGUCCAGUCUCAUGUCCGUGCACAUGUAGAAUUGAUGUGGCUGCUAAGUUCUAUAACACCAAUCGGCUGGCUAAACAGAAUGAUACAGUUUAAAGAGAAAUCUCGCAAGGCGGGGGAUGAUGAAGUUGGGGUUGCUCUUUUGACUUAUCCUGUUCUGAUGGCUUCUGAUAUACUUCUAUAUCAGUCUGAUUUUGUUCCUGUUGGUGAAGAUCAAAAGCAGCAUUUGGAGUUGACCCGUGACUUAGCUGAACGGGUUAAUAAUUUAUACGGAGGAAGAAAGUGGAAGAAAUUAGGCGGGCGAGGAGGUACUAUAUUUAAGGUUCCAGAGCCCCUUAUACCUCCAACCGGAGCUCGGAUUAUGUCCCUAACCGAUGGCCUGUCGAAGAUGUCAAAGUCUGCACCUUCUGAUCAAUCCAGAAUCAAUAUUCUUGAUCCUAAAGAUCUUAUAGCAAACAAGAUCAAACGUUGCAAAACUGAUUCGUUUCCAAGCUUGGAAAUCGACAAUCCUGAAAGGCCUGAAUGUAAUAAUCUUCUCUCUAUAUACCAGCUCGCUUCUGGAAAAACAAAAGAGGAAGUUGCGCAUGAAUGCCAAGACAUGAACUGGGGCACAUUCAAACCUCUUUUAACAGAUGCCUUGAUUGAUCAUUUGCAUCCCAUUCAGGUUCGCUAUGAGGAACUCAUGUCAGAUUCAGGUUAUUUAGAUAAAGUAUUAGGAGAAGGUGCUAAAAAUGCAGCAGAUAUAGCGGAUGCUACUCUUCAUAAUGUUUACCAAGCAAUGGGAUUUUCGAGGAGACAAUGAUGGAUGAUGCUAAACAUAUAAGCUAUAAGAUUGGUGAGAUGACCACUUAAUUAAAGCUAAUUUUUAUAUGAUUCAUCAUCAGCCUCAUUUUGGAGUAAUCAUGGGCAUGUAUAGUUCACCGCUGGAAGUGGAAAUAUUAUUUGACGCAAAGCCUAAAGGUUGUGUAUUCCUGAUGCAAUAAGCUCGUUUUUUUUUUUUUUUUUGGUUCACUCAAUGACUACCGCUGUUGCAUUCUUUUAGUUUUACUUUACUUGUUUUCGGUCUUCUUCAUUAUUUAUUUGCACUGUAAUAUUGAAACCAAAUUGAUAAAGAUUUCACCAUUGUAUUUGAUGGAGACACAACCUAGUCAUCUUAAGUUGGGAUUUUCUGCAAUGCAUAACUCUGUUUAUGAGAGAAAGACAGAGGACUGCAUUGAUGCUAAUGGUAGGCCUUUUUUGAUCGGA